AUUGAAAGACGCACAAAUGGAUCCUUUGCAGUGAUAUACUAUUACUAGUGUAGUUCUUUCAUUUUUAGACAUUUUGUGAUUGUGAUUUGGGAAAUUUAACAUGUCGGUACCAAGAAGAGGGUCCCUGGUUGAGGGACGUGGCCAGAUUGCAGGACUCUACGAUCUUUUAGACACACUUGGUCGAGGUCAUUUCGCUGUUGUGAAAUUGGCUAGGCAUGUGUUUACUGGUGAAAAAGUAGCAGUGAAAGUUAUAGACAAAACGAAAUUGGAUGAUGUUUCUAGAUCUCACUUAUUUCAGGAAGUUCGGUGUAUGAAAUUAGUACAACACCCGCAUGUUGUGAGACUGUACGAAGUAAUUGAUACGCAAACAAAACUGUAUCUAAUUCUGGAGCUUGGUGAUGGUGGCGACAUGUACGAUUACAUCAUGAAACACGAAAAAGGACUCGAUAAGGAGAAUGCAAAACUGUACUUCAGACAAAUUGUCCAAGCAAUUCAAUUUUGUCAUAAACUUCACGUUGUUCAUCGUGAUCUAAAGCCAGAAAAUGUUGUGUUCUUCAAAAAGGCAGGAAUUGUCAAAUUGACUGAUUUUGGGUUUAGUAACAAGUUUCAUCCUGGACAGAAGUUGGACACAGCCUGUGGUUCACUGGCUUACUCUGCUCCAGAAAUUUUGCUAGGAGAUUCCUAUGAUGCACCAGCAGUUGAUGUAUGGAGUUUAGGUGUUAUACUGUAUAUGCUGGUAUGUGGCCGCCCACCAUUCCAGGAAGCGAACGAUAGUGAAACAUUAACCAAAAUCAUGGACUGCAAGUACAACGUGCCAGCACACCUUGCUACGUGUCCACAGUUAAACGAUCUCAUCUCGCGGAUGCUGGUGAGGGAACCGGGCCGGCGGCUCACGCUGGACCAGAUCGCUCUUCACGCGUGGCUGGCUACGGACGCGGGGCUGAGCGGGGCGGGAGCGGAGAUGCCGCUGAUUGCGCGCGCGCAGAUAUCGGAGGAGGACCACGCUUUCAUCGUGCAGAAGAUGCUCAACGGCAACAUCGCGCAGAAGGAGGAGAUUAUACAGUCAUUAGAGAAGAGUUCAUACGACCACAUAGCAGCUACAUAAUUACUUCUGCAGAGCGGCGACUCAGGAGGCAAGCACAGGAUGCAGAGGGCCGGCUGACGCCAAAGUCUCCGCUGGAGUCCCUAGCAACAGCAUCACGUUUGAGAGAUCGGUCGCCGACUUCUUACGCAGAACUAAACCACCACAGGGAAUGAGUCGCAGCAGCGACUGACGCUACCACGGCCAUAAGUGAAGCAGCUGCUCUUGAUUCGUUUGGUCACUUCGUCGUCGACGCAUUACAAUGGCCGGUAGCUCUAGAACUAUAGCCCUUGUUCGACACGGCAUAUGUCGAACGAGGUCUAUAGUACUAGAGUUAAACGGUCGGUGGAUAGGCUAGGACGUAUACGGAGCAAGCACGCCCACUCUUAAUGCGCGGGACACGCGCAGAGUAUUUUAAUUAUUUUAUCGAUUCUGUCUGUUCUGAAGAGCAGAACGAAUGGGAUGUUAGCAUUUAGACCGAAUAAUUCUGUCUCAGUUAACGUUUUAUAUUUUAGAUGCGUUAUACUGGGACAGAACGGGGUGCAUUGAAAUUUCGUGAGAUCGCAUGCAAAAUGCAUGCGCUGCGAAUGUGCCUCGUACGCCAGUAUCGGCGGGUAAAAAAGCCUACCGUUCCCUUCUACAUGGCUUUACCUUGCUACUGAUGUGCGUGAAUAUUCACUUCAAUCGUUAUUCAC